GUGACUGCUGGUCAGGUAUGUUUGUUAUUGGUAGUGGAUGACGAAGUGAAGGAAUGGGAACCCUCGAGGCGGACUCGGGGGCUGGGGCCUGAAUUAAAGCAAAACCCAGCAUCCGAGUAUAUUGAACAAUGUAAGCAAAGAGGCGCUGGGGAUCAUGGUCAUGGCACGCCUAGAGUUUGCCUUUCUUACAAGCGCCGUUAUGGUCGAGUCGCAGGGUGGGUCACAAUUUCACUGCACACUAGCGUGGAUGCAUGUGGCUUGAUGGGUGCCGUUGUCCUCCAUCAUGUAGACAGAUGUCGCGCGACAGCGAUUAGAAAGCGCUAUUGUUCUUGA